AUGUGGAAGUAUCUUCCUCGACUAAGUACACGACAUUACAAGCAAUGUAUUAACAAAGGACGUUAUUAUACUCAGCUUAACCUUGACGAACUACAAGAACCGAAAAGAAAAUCAAUUCAUCCAGGAAGACCAGCGCGUACAAGAUUUGCACCAUCACCAACGGGGUUUCUCCAUCUUGGAUCUUUGCGAACGGCAUUGUACAACUACUUGCUUGCUAAAAACACCGGGGGUCAAUUUUUAGUUCGAAUAGAAGAUACUGAUCGGAAUAGGCUUGUCGAUGGAGCAGAGCAAAAUAUAUUUGAUACUUUGAAAUGGUGCAAUUUGGAUAUUGACGAAAGUCCAAUUCAUGGUGGAUCCUAUGGACCUUAUAGGCAAUCCGAACGGAAGGAGAUAUACCAAAAACAUGCCCAGAUUUUACUAGAUAAAGGACUUGCUUACAAAUGUUAUUGCUCAAAAGAGAGAUUACUCGAAUUGCGAGAAAGUGCAAAGCUGUUGAAACCACCAACAAACGUCACCUACGACAGAAAGUGCCUUAGUAACCAUGACUCACACAGAGACUCAUUCAUAAUUAGAUUUAAAUCACCAUACAAUUAUCCUAAAGUUAAUGACUUGUUACACGGAGAGUUAAAUUUACAACCUCAAUACAACUCAAAAGAUCAACGAUAUGAUGACUUUGUGAUACUCAAAAACGAUGGAAUGCCAACAUACCACUUUGCAAAUGUCGUAGAUGAUCAUCUCAUGAGGAUAUCACACGUGAUUCGGGGAGAAGAGUGGCUACCUUCAACCCCCAAGCACAUUGCACUAUACAACGCAUUUGGAUGGACCCCACCUGAGUACAUACAUAUUCCCUUGUUGACGUCUCUUCAAGAUAAGAAGUUAUCCAAAAGGAAGGGCGAUUUCAAUAUUUUGCUGUUACGCGAGCAAGGUAUUUUACCUGAAGCUUUGGUUAACUUUGUUGCAUUAUUUGGCUGGUCACCUCAAAGAGAGUUGAAUGUAAAGUCAAGUGAAAUCUUAGAUUUGAAACAAUUGGUCAACCUGUUUUCAUUAGACCAGUUGACUAAAGGCAAUGCCAAGGUGAGUGAUUCAAAAUUGCAUUUUUUUCAAAAGGAGCAUUUCCAAAGAAUUUGUCAAGAUGAGGUUACAUUAAAGAUGUUGGUGGAUGAAUUCUAUCCAAAAUUUGCCAUUUUAAGUAAAGAUAAAAGCAAGGAAUAUCUCACAACCUUGUUGUGUCACCUAGCUCCGAACUUGGACAGCAUUGACGGCGUGGCGGAGCACAAGUACCUUUUCGAAGACGUCGACUAUGCGCAUGUCAAACCACCAAAGGUCAUUGGCCAAGCAAAGCAGAUUGCAGAUGAUAUCCUUGAGCAUGGAAUAGACAAUGCUGUCGAAAGACUAACCGCACAAGGGUUGCAGAAAAAGACGAUUUUCAUGACCUUGAGGGCAGCUCUUAGUGGUGGUAAACCAGGUUUGCCGAUUCCAGCAUUGACGUCUCUACUAGGUGAAAAAGAGUGUUUAAAGAGGAUAGCUUCUUAUAGAGAUCUAUACUGUAAAUAA